GCACAACACAGCACAGCACACAUCCCAUCCACCAUCUACACAGCUUUAACCAACUUCAAUCAGUCACUACAUUUACAUCUCAAAAUGAAGGUCACCCCAGUCUUCCUCAUGCUCGCAGCAGCCUUCAGCGUGGCACAAGGUGCUCAGCUGGACCAAGGAUCGAACGAGGUCGCCGACAUUGUUGCUCGCUCUGCCCAGGGACAACAGCAACACGGAGGGCCGGCCGGAGCUAGCAACGGUGGAGGCCAGGGCGGUGGACAGGGCGGUGGAUCUGGUAACGGUGGAGGCGAGGGCGGCUCAGGCAGCAGCAGCGGCGGCGGCGGCGGCAGCAGCAGCAGCGAGAACAGUGACGACAAUGAGGGUAGGUGAAAUCCAUUUAGACGCUGUCGUUGACUGUUUAUGGCGGACCUCUAACAUACGAUGUAGACUGCGAUGACGACGACACGCAGUGCAACUCUGCUAUGGGACGAACUCUUCCAGUGGUUGGUGGUGUUGCUGGACUUGCGGUCGCCAUGGCAGCUCUGUUGUAGGAGCGCGUCUCGCGUCUGGAGUGAGCGGGGGAGGUAGUUGUAUUGCUUGCAGGAGGGUCUGAAGAUGGUGGAGGAUCCUACUAUUGCAUCUCCAUUACAAUGCCAGCCGCGAUGGUGACUGGUCCGGCAUGCUCUCGGCCGAUCCGCAAAUGGAUAGUGCUAUACAGUAGUACAUGUAGUUCGGCGCUCGUUCAGCCAUGACAUGGGCGCCAGGGCAGGCUCCAGCUCGCGUGACGUAUCCGGACGCGACGCGAAUAGUUGAUAGGUAUGUAGUAAUGAUGGAACGAGUUCUACAGGUACCAGGUUCAUGUUGCGUAGCCCAUGAGAGAAGUCGCAGUCUGGGGUGCAUGUACUUCUACCACCUCCGGAGUCCGUAGCACGCCUCGUCAGCAGGAGCACAACAGCACAGAAACCCCGCCCUGCCCAGACACGAGAGCAAAGCCAACAGAACAGCCAACAGGCAACAGCGUAUUCACGACUUCCCAUGAACACGUGCUGCGCGAAGCCAGAUACCAUCGGAGCGUUUCGGUGUGAACGACGAGCGACGACGUGAUGAUCACCGCCACGGCGCCACGCUGGUGGACUUUUCGACCUGCUCAGCCCAGUGGCCCCAGUAUGCCAAUUCUUGGCAAAAGGCUGGCAUCUUCGGCACUUCUGCGCCGCGAAGCAAUUAUUUGGAUGCCUGAUGAGAUGCCAAUGUUCCC